AACUUUACAUCGUACAUGUUCCGGAUACGACGUAAGAUUAGAAGAAUGCGUUCAAUUAUUGCCAAUACCAACAGGAAACAAGGACUCUUUUCGUAUUUUAACAUGGUUAAGUCCAGCAGCAAACGACAGGUUCAAUAAAAAUGACUUCAAAGGUAUAAUGAAUCAGUAUUAUGGUAUUGAAAGCUCGCAGAUACAGAACAUCAAUAUACAAACAGUUCUAAGGGUAUUUGGAUUGCCUUCCUAUUCAGGAACACCGAUAUUAUAUCAUUUAGUUCAUUCAAAAAUUGUUUUAACUCCAGAACAGAGUUUUAAUAUAUACUAUAAUACAUCUUCAAGUUCGAGAAAUCUUCAAGAACUCAUAUAUUUUAAGCAAUCCAAAGCAAUAACAUGGAAUAACAUCACGUACACUAUAAUUAAGACUACAUCACGUCCAUUAUCUUGUGUUGGGAAAAAAAUUUACAAUCAACGCAGUUAUACAGUUAUUGACGACGAUAAAAUUCAAAUAAACUCGACUGGGAAAACUUAUGAGAGAUCACAGUACUACGGUGAUAUUGGAAAUUAUGUUGUGGUUUGCGAGGAAUACAUGCCAAACGGUUGUCAGCUGACCAAAGUUGGUCUCACCAAGAAUGACGUCACCAUAUACAAGAAUUUGGCUUUGAAAGUGAAGAACACUAGAAUGUUUUAUGAUCGCGGCAACUAUGAAGUUUCUAACGGCUUAAUUUCACUAUGCAAAACAAGAGAAUCUUCCACACCAACUUGUUCAACUCGAGUGUCAUGCAAAGGCCGCUGCAGUAACAAGACAGAAUGGCGAAACAUUGUCGAAAUGACAUGCUCAUGUGAUCAAGAUUGUCAUAAAGUUUUCGGAGAUUGUUGUUCAGAUUACACAAAGUAUUGUGGAGCGCAAACAUCUGGAGAAACACCGAGGAAGACAUAUAACUACACAUGUGAGGACUUUGGCAAUUAUGAUUCAUCAUUUUGCACAGUCGCAGACGGAGUUUGGAUGGUCAGCGGAUGUACAUAUGAAUGGCCUCGCGAUUCAACGCGAAGCAAGUGUGAGAUACCAAUAAAACAGCUCCCACAAUCAUUGGAUAUCUUAACAAAUAUCUUUGGUUAUCUUCCAGUGAUAUCCAAGGAUAAUACAACAUUUCGUAACAGGUAUUGUGCAAUUUGUAAUAAUGAGAUGGAGUACAAUUAUUGGCCGCUGAAAUUUAAAUCUGCAGUAAUGCCCCCGGAAACUUCCAAUAUAACCAAAAUUAUUCGCUUCCUGGAAAAAUACAAUGCGCGGUUCGGUGGCGACGUGGGACCAGCAGCAGAUCAAGCUAGGCGAUACUGUUUGAGAAGCAUUAUCAAUAAAUGCCCACCAGGUAAAGAGGAUCCAUCGUGUGAUUAUGGAAAUCUUAAUUUAGUUUCAUUCGGCAAUCUUCAUUACACUAACACACGUUGUGCAGUGUGCGAUGGUUUAUCCAAAGAUAGGGUGAGCAAUCUUCAAUGUUUUCCAUAUGAAAUUAGUAAAACAUGCCCCAGCGGUUGGCAAACUCGGUCGUUAUCCAUUGUACUUGGACACAAGCGAAGACAGAAUGAAGUUAUUCGUUCAGUCCCCAUAUACGAUGAAAGAUGUGAAAAAAAAGGAUUGGUCUAUGAUGAUAAAUUACAUGUCUGUCGUGUUAACUGGUUACCUUCACCAGAAGAAAAUGGAAGGGAAAUAUUUUAUGUCUUGUCUUGGCUACAACCAUCGCAAAAUCAGUUUGAAAUAUUAUUUACAGCAAUGGAUUUUCAGAACUCGCUUUCUAAAUACUUAAACAUGACACGUGAACAAUUCUUCUACAUCAAUAUUUCAGUUCUACCUGACACGGAAGUUACUGAUCGUCAAACAUCAAUAAUUCAGUUCUACAUUGUGGAAACAAAGAUCAUCUUAACACCACAACAAAGUUUGCAAUUUCUAUUCAACACGAUAAAUGCCACUGAGUUUGACAAACGAACUCGUGAAUUUAUAUACUUUAGGGAAGAAUUUUCUCUUCAAAUCAAAAAUUUAAACUAUACCAUCAUCAAAACAACAUCCCGACCCCUUGCUUGUGUUGGAAAGGUAACAUACACUCCUGAAGACUAUAUUUUACAGCAGAAUGAACGUGUUUUGAUACGAAACACAAAUGAAACUUUUGAACAUUAUGAAUACUACCGAGAAAGGAAAGAAAAACUUAGUGCGAAACAAGGAAACAUCACAGUAUGUAAAAAAUAUGUUCCCACAAAAUGUAAUGGAACUGAAGUUAUCUAUUCACCACAAGAAUAUAACUUGAUGAAUAACCUCACUAUCUACGUAUUCAAGACAUUUCGUACCUAUUACUAUGGAGAAUAUGAAAUUCUUUCAAACUAUUCUGUAAAAACUUGUCAAACGUUUGUGGUAAAGUUUGUCAAAAGAAUUCGUGAAGUGCACAACGAAGCCCUUGGAUAUAUCACAUUUGUCUUUUUUCUCAUCUCCAUAAUUUUCUUGACAUUUCUUCUCGUCACCUACAUCAUAUUCCCUCAACUACGUACUUUGCCAGGUAAAAACAUAAUGAACUUCGCCUUUACUUUGCUAUUGUUUGAAAUAUUCUGGCUCCCCACAAACUUUACCAAGGUAACUGAGAACGAAAAUAUCUGUAAAGCAUUUGCAAUCAUCGAACAUUAUUUUCUACUGGCGUCUUUCUUCAGCAUGGUUGUCAUUGCUCAUCAUACUCGAAAGGUGUUUGGAAAAAAACUACCUGCACCAAAAAUGUCGCCGGGACACAAACGAAAGCUGUUUUACGUGUAUUUGUGCUUAGUAUGGAUCAUUCCUGCCUUGUUUAUCGCAAUUUGUGUCGUCCUCGACAGCGAAGAAAUAAUAAAUUUGGGUUAUGGAGAGAGGGAUAUUUGCUGGUUAACGGGAACAAAUUCCUACGUUUAUUUUGUAACGAUACCUGUGAUACUAAUGCUGAUGUUUAAUGUCGUGGAAUUUGUGAGAACCGCUAUACAACUUCGUAAACACGCCCAGAAUCAAGCAGGUCUAACUGCAAGUGGAAAACGAUCUUCAAAUCUCAGCAUUUACAUUCGUCUUUCAACCUUGAUGGGUUUUACAUGGUUAUUUGGUCUCCUGGGUCAAGUGGUGACGUCAACAUCUGUGUUUUACUAUCUUUUUGUUAUAUUUACAUCAUUAGAAGGUUUUUUUGUAGCAUGGGCCUUUGUUUUGAACGCUAAAACUCUAAAUUUAUAUAGACAUCGCUUCAGAAACACGGAUAAAACUUCGAGCAGCAGUCGUAAUCCCACAAGGAAAUUGUUAUCCAAGUCUGAUCACAAGGAAACAAAAAUGUAAAUAGUAUUCUCGUUGUUAUGCAUUUUUAUUAUGAUACUGAACUAAUAUUAUACGUUCACAGAAACGCUGAUAUUAUGUUAAUGUGUAUUUGUCUUGAUUGUAUUAAUGUUUGCAUAACAAUACAACAUUAGUUAAUCAUUUGUAUGAAAUAAUUGUUAAAUUGUCGUAGCACAUAUAAUUAUACUGUAUAGUCUUUGUUUAAA